ACUUCAAAUUAAAAAAAAAAAAAAGUUCCAUUCUUUUGGUUCUUUUUUUUUUCUCUUUUUGUUCAAGAACUCAGGGUGGUGGUUCUAGUUUUUCUUUUAGUUGUUUAAUGCAUGUCCUUUUUAAGAAGCUUAUCUUCCAUUUCUAAAAACCAAUAUACAAAGGUUGUUUAAUUUCAUCAUAAAAAAGCUUUCUCUUGGAGGGGUUCUUGAAAUUAUAUCAAAAAUAUUGCAAAAAGGUGGAGGGCUUUUUCAUGCCCAGGAAUGUGUGAUUAUCCAAUAAAGUUUGUUUCUUGAAAGUUUACUAGAGUUGAAAAACAUGAUUUGUUGAUUUAAGUGUUGUGAGGGAACAAGAAUACAUAGCAUAUUGGGAACUUUUAAUAAGAUGGAGACACCAGCAGCUCAGCCAACUACACCCCGGAAAAAGAUGACGAAACAAUUAACAGGGAAACGCGAUGAUAGUGCCUUGCAUUCGGCAGCUAGAGCUGGAAAUCUUGUUGCAAUCAAAAAUACUAUCGAGGAAACGGAUGAGGAAGAAUUGGCAGAGUUAUUGAUAAAGCAAAAUUCAGCUGGAGAGACACCUUUGUAUGUUGCAGCUGAAUAUGGUUACUAUGAGGUGGUUAGGGAGAUGAUCAUGUACUAUGAUCUCGUUGCAGCUGGAAUCAAAGCCAGGAACGGCUUUGAUGCACUGCACAUUGCUGCCAAACAAGGAGAUUUAGAUGUGGUGAAGGUAUUGAUGGAAGCACAUCCCGAGCUUGCUAUGACUGUUGAUGUAGUAAAUACAACAGCUUUGCAUACUGCAGCGAACCAAGGGCACUUAGAGAUGGUGAAUUAUCUCUUGGAGGAACAAAGCAGUUUGGCCACUAUAGCUAAAAGUAAUGGGAAAACCGCAUUACAUUCUUCAGCAAGAAAUGGACAUUUGCAGGUUUUGAAGGCUCUUUUGAGUAAGGAGCCAGGGAUCGCAACGCGGAUGGAUAACAAGGGACAGACCGCACUUCACAUGGCUGUCAAAGGACAAAAUCUCGAGGUUGUAGAGGAGCUCACUAACGCUGAUCCUUCAUUACUUAACAUGGUCGACAAUAAGGGAAACACACCUUUGCAUAUAGCGUCUCGUAAAGGAAGGGCUGAGGUUGUUAAGUUGCUGCUCUCACAGAACGAAACAGACACGGAAGUUAUCAAUAGGUCACAUGAAACAGCUCUAGACACUGCUGAGAAAAUGUCACAGGCUGACACGGUAGCCAUCCUGCAGGAAUAUGGGGUUCAGAGUGCCCGAGUGCUAAAGCCACAGGCAACGAAUCCAGCUAGAGAGUUGAAGCAAACCGUUAGUGACAUUAAGCACGAGGUUCACGAUCAGUUAAAACACACAAAACAAACUAGAAGACGCAUUCAAGGCAUUGCCAAGCGGUUGCACAAGAUGCACAGAGAAGGGCUUAACAACGCGAUCAACUCAACCACAGUUGUAGCUGUACUCAUUGCCACAGUUGCGUUUGCAGGAAUAUUUCAAGUGCCAGGGCAAUACUAUAUGGAUCCGACCAACCUCCCAGCGGGCCAUAUAAUUGGAGAAGCAAACAUAUCAAACCACCCUGGAUUCCUGGUGUUCUUUGUCUUUGACUCAAUCGCGUUAUUCAUUUCACUAGCAGUUGUGGUAGUGCAGACAACAGUGGUGGCUAUAGAGAGCAAAGCAAAGAAGAAGUUGAUGGCAAUCAUAAACAAGCUAAUGUGGGUAGCAUGUGUGUUUGUAUCAGUUGCAUACUUGGCUCUAUCUUUUGUAGUCGUUGGCACGCGUUAUUGGGUGAUGGCAGUUAUUGUAACAGUACUCGGGGCAACUAUAAUGGCUUCAACAAUUGGAGUAAUGUUAUAUUGGGUCAUUAAGCAUCGCAUCGAGUCAUCCAACAAGAAGAGCAUGAGAAGGAACUCUAUGGAAUACUCUGAUUCAGCCCUCUCUGAUGACAACAAUGAAUUCAAAAUAUAUGCCUUAUAAAAUGUAACUUUUUUGUUUCUUUGACAAUUGAGCUUUGUUUUUGCUGCAAAAAUUUUGAGACUAGUACUUUCUUUACACUACUUUUAUAUGGUGGAAAAUUUUGAGACUAGUACUAUGUUAACACUACUUUUAUAUCGCUUCAACCUCCAACUAUGAUCUUCGAUCUAAGUUCAAAUUUUUAGAGUUACUUUAGAGAAGGAUUUUUGUUCGAUAAUACCAACUACAUAGUACUUUAUAGUAGAGGAUGGAAUUUUUAUAAUAAUGAUGAUGAUAAUUGAUGUUGCAA